CCCUCUCCUUCCCUUCCGCGAGCAAAGCAGCCCGCAUCAUCCCUUCUCUCCCCCACCCCCAACCCCACUUGCACAACCGCGGCAUCAGCAUUCUCUCCUCCCCAAGUCAAGUCUUCUCCAAAAAUCCAAUUCCAACCACCCCCGGGGAAGCAAAGAGACCGUCGCCUUUAUUUAUACUCGGCCAACCCACCCGGCUCCACCACGGCGACCCCGACGGCUUCCCCCGCGUCCCCCUCCCCUUCCCCUCCGCCCGCCCCCAGGCCCAAGCGCCGCCGGGAGACCACUCCCGACCCCGCAGCCGCCACGGGGAACUCGCCGCUGCGCGGUGGCCGGGGAGGCCGCGCCGCGGCGGCCUCCUCCGUGCGCCGCCGCUCUGCGACUCCGCCGCCGCCUGCAGGGUUCGACCCUCUCGACCCCGACGCGGUCCCGCCGCCCAGGACGCUCACGCGGGACCAGGUGAAGCACUGCAAGAACGCGCUCAAGGUGUUCGAGAAAAAGCUCAAGGACCCGGCCGCGAUCUCCCAGGAGUUCAGAGCGCUUCAGGACAUAAGAAAGCAACUCCUAUCGACCCAGAAGUUUACUGUUGCUCAAAAUCCUGCUAAUGGGGAAAGGAAUCGCUACACUGAUGUCUUGCCAUUUGAUGAAACCAGGAUAAAGCUACAGUCCUCAACAGGCAAUGAGACUGCAAGUAAUGAUUACAUCAAUGCAAGUCUUAUAAAGCGGAAUGAUGGCAGCGAUCAAACAAAGUUCAUUUCCACUCAAGGUCCUCUAGUCAAUACAUUCGAAGAUUUCUGGCAGAUGGUCUUUGAGAACAGCUGUCCUGUAAUUGUUAUGCUCACCAAAUUUGAUAGUGUUAAGUGUGAUGAGUAUCUUCCAUUGAGGAAGGGGCAAGGUGCUUACGGAAAAUUUAAUAUCAAGAUCACAAAGACCAAACAUGACGGUCAGUUAUUGUUGCGCAUGGUGAAGGUGCAUUCUAACGAGUCAGAUAGAGUGCAUACUGUUCUCCACAUCCAGCACUCUACAUGGCCUGACCAUGGUGUGCCAAAUGACAGCAAGACUGUACGAGACAUUCUAAAAAGAUUACAUUCCGUUCCAAAAGAGCAUCCUAUUGUUGCACAUUGCAGUGCGGGCAUUGGGAGAACUGGUGCUUAUAUCACCAUCCAUAACACAAUAGAGAGGAUUUUACUUGGUGAACAAACUGCCAUGGAUCUUGCUGAAACUGUCAGGAAUUUUAGGUCCCAGCGACCUGGAAUGGUCCAAACAGAGGACCAAUUCAAGUUUUGCUAUCAUGCAGUUGUGGAUGAGCUGAAAGAUCUGGUUACAAAGUUAUAGCACGGAACCAUUUUUUAGGAACAAUACAGAUAUGCUAUCAGGCUAUAUUGUGGAUGAGCUGAAGGAUCUUGUAUAAAAUUUGUCGGUACCGAGUUCCUUGUUCAGCUGGAAGCUUUUCUAACUUUCCCUGACCAGAAGUUGGUUAUUUCGGACAUAACCAUUCCCCGAUCGUUCCUUGUCCUGUAUUCAUCUCUACUAUUCUUCAUUCUGAACUGUACUGGAGAUUUGGAAUAUCAAAGUGGUAAGGCACUACGGACCUUGUUUGUUUUUUACUAGAUGAAUGAAGCGAACUCAAAUGUGCAGAGAAUUAAGGUUUUGAUACGGCUGGUGUUAAUAGUAUUAGAUAGUUUGUCUUCCCUCAAGUAGAAAAUGAUUUGACACUUAAGGUGCAAAAAGGGGGAAAAAUAUUGUAAUGGCAUUUCACUUUGUCUCAUCUUAUGAGUUGUCGUGUCCGGGCAACACAGAUUUCUAAAUUGCCAAACGAAUUUUUAAGAACAUGUAUGUGUCAUAUAUAUGAUUAUCAAUUUUUUGUCCAA